UCCAGAGACAUCACAUCACGAGACACAUCUCCGAUCCACAUCCAUCACAGUUCUAUUAAACAUAUCAGCAUUUAUCCAUCAACCCUCAAAUCACCCAUUUCCAUCAAUUAACACCCGAAUAUUGCUCAAUGCAUCAAUUACUCCCGCACUCUCUCAAUUUUUUAUUUAAAAAUCCACUCACCCCCGGCCUCCACAAUUCCCAAAAAACUCCCCAAUGUUGAUAAUUAAAUAAUUGUUUUUCAUUUCUACAUUUUUUUUUCACUGCUUCGUACCAAUUUCAAUUGCAAUCAUCAAUUUCAAAUUUUUUCCACUUCUCGAUUUGUGCUCGUCUUAAAAAAUACCGCCAAGUGAAAAAUACAAAGUGCAAAAGUUGUGGGAAACUGGUGACUAAUUUCUACUUUCAUUUCUCUACUUUUUGUCUCCCGGUGAAUUAACUGAAGAAAAAAAAAUCAAGUGCUGAUGCUCAGUGAAAUAUACCAACCAUAAAGUUUAAUCGUAAAUUGGCCGAGUUUUUGCAAAGUGAGGGGCUGGAUUUGAGUGACAGUGGGAUAACGGUAAUGGGAGUGAAGGAGAGGAAGAAAAAACAAGAAAAUCGUCAAUUGUCGAGUGAAGUGGUGGGGGUGAGCCCUCAACUUUGAGAUUAAUUAAGUCGUGCCAAUUAGUUUCAGCUGGAAAUGGAUUUGACCAGUACGCAAAACCGAGAAGUUUUCAAUUCCGCGAAAUAAAUUCAUCUGAGAAGACAUCAACGAUAACUUAAUUAUCCAAUUGGAAAAACUUUUUUUCAUUAAACCACACGAUGUACUGAGACAUUAAUCAUUAACGGUGUGAUAACAAUUGAGUGAGGGAUUACCGUCAAUUUAAAAUGCAACUCCAACUGCUCGGACUAUGUAUUCUUACCAUUAUAUCAACAGGAGAAUCAGUGAAGAUGGUCCAACUAAAUAUACCAGGCGUAGUGGAUCCACGACAAGAAAAAGUAAUGUUACGGUGUGAGUACGAGUUGAGCCCUGGUGAGACACUUUACCAGGUCAGGUGGUACAAAGACGGUAACGAGUUCUUCAGGUAUGCACCAACAUUCAACCCUCCGGGUGAGGACUUUAAUGUAACUGGUGUGCGAGUUAGUAGAGUGGAUAGUAACGACACAGUUGUUGUACUGUUACAACAUACCAAUAUCCAGAUGAACACGGAAACAGAGGUCGGCAUUGGUGGUACAUACGCUUGUGAAGUGAUGGAAGACCGUCCAUCAUUUGACACAAAGUACGAUAUGGGAAAUUUAACUAUUGCCGUACUACCACAGCAAAAUCCAGCCCUCGGGGGUCUCCGCUCUCAUUACCAACUUGGGGAUGUACUCGAGGCUGAAUGCACAUCGGCCCCCAGUUAUCCAACCGCUGAGCUAACUUUUUAUCUCAAGGAUAUUCAGGUGACGAAAGCCCUGACAAGACAACUUCCAGAUUCAGGGCGCAUCGAUGGAAAAGUCGUUUCAUCGACUCGGCUGGAGUUGUCAUUGCCACUACAGAGGGAAUACUUCAACGCAUCUGGCAGCCUCAGCCUCACAUGCAGAUCAAUCUUACCGGGUGUACCAGGUGCACCUUACCGUGAUACCAAGGCCGUCGUAUCACUCAGGGCUAACAAUGAAAAACUCGCCCAAGAAGCACCAGCAGAUUCUAGCUCUGACGUAUCAGUUCUUGUUAAUUCAUUAUUCAUUUUAACUGUUGUAUCCGUUGUCUUGUGUUCAAGACACUUGAUGUUUUAAUCAGGAUGACUGUACCAAGUUAGCACUAGAGAUUAUUAAAUUUUCUUUAUGACUGAA